CAAACGCCAAACGCCAAACGGCACAUGAAUGGAGCUUCAAACUUUAAUGUGAAAAAAAGAAGAAAGAAUAAAAUUUAAUUUCAAUCCCGUCAAAAAUUCAUAUUAUUAUCAUUAGACCAACCAAAAUCUCAUGGAACCGGAUACCGCGGGGUUCUUUGAAGAACCAGCCGAUUAUUAUCCCCCAUCACCGCCCCCAACCUUUCAAGUUUACACACUACAGUCAGGGGAGACCAUCACACUUCAUCUUGUAGGCCAUAGCCCCUUGGAAGCCCACCAUCUGUGGAAUGGCAGUCGCAUUAUAUCUAAAUACUUCGAGUCCCAUGUAUCGGAAGUCCGAGGCCGAACUGUGCUCGAGCUCGGAGCCGGAGCCGGGCUACCUAGCAUAGUGAGCGCUAUCCUGGGGGCCGAAAAGGUCGUGGUCACCGAUUACCCCGAUCCCGAUCUGGUUGUCAACAUGAAGAAAAAUAUCCUAGGAUGUGAACUUAUACCUAUAGUAGACGGAAAUCCCGACAAUUCCUCAAUAGUUGCUGACGGCUACGUCUGGGGAGCUGAUGCGACCCAUCUACUAUCGCAUCUGGAGUCAGUCAAGAGGGACAAAUUUGAUGUGCUUAUCUUGGCCGAUCUACUAUUCAGACACUCUGAACACGGAAACAUGAUUUCGUCCAUCGAGGCGACCAUGAGCCGGAAGAAAACCAGCACUGCCUUCGUCUGCUUUACAAGUUACCGGCCCUGGCUGCAGCAUAAGGAUCUCGCAUUCUUCGACCUUGCGCGAGAGAGAGGGUUCAUAGUUGAGAAAUUACUCGAGGAGAAAAUGGACAAGGCUAUGUUUGAAAAUGAUCCAGGCGACGAGGACGUUCGGAAGACGGUUACAGGCUUUACGUUACGCUGGCCGGACGAAAAGUGCAUAUAGGGCACAUCGGGCGCAGUCGGUCUGCUGCUAUUUUUUCAUCAAGGCCUUCCAGGAUCUCUCCGGAUCGUAUUCAAAUGGUGAGAGGUGUGGGCUGCAUCUCGUCUGACACGCAGUUGUGUGCUGCCCCUACCUUAUCUGACUGGCACUCAUCGUCCAUACAAACCUCAUCAAAGCAAUUAAGAACCAAUGAGGUAAACUUCACGAUCUAUUCUCCAAAAAUGUGUGACCCGAAGCGAAAGAGCACGCAGUAUCGCAGAUCCUACUGUGGUGGAUGUAGAACUUAUUAGGGCUGUGAUACCGCCUGCUUCGAUUGGAUAAAAGAGACUACGAAGACGCUUAACGCCAAUAGCAUAUAACAAGCACGUCGUAUCUGGGCGCUUUUCAUUCAUAGUGUCUGUGUACCUUGUUCUUCUUCCGCCUCCUUUGGGUAGCGCUGGGUGGAUCUACAAGGCGGUGCAUGCAAGUGUUGGUUGUUUUCGGCUGCAGGCCUACCACAUUUAG